AUUUGACUCAUUGUGAAAACAACGUUUUCAUAAUGAACUUUGUCAGCGUGCUGUCCUGCAUCUGCCUGCUGCUGGCAACUGCAGCCAGCCAGAACCCUAAACCCUGUGUUGUACCAGCACUGAUGAAUGGGGGUCUCACUAUGAUGGUUGGCGAUGGAUCCAUGAUGUCAACGGGUACAAUAGGCUAUGAUGCUCUGGGAAAAAAAUUGCGGAUAAGAAACUUUGGAUUAAACGGAAAUGCAACCUUUGGAGUGGACCUGCUGAUGCUUUUCAAUAAGGAGGUCUAUUAUGAGAUCGACUGGAGCACUUAUUCUUGCAGGAAGAUGCCACUGGAUUCAUCCUUCAUUCCCAUGCAAGUUCCCUCUGAUGCUAAGCUGAUGGGUCAGGUGGUCAUGGGCUCUAGCUCCUCUUGGGGAAUGGGUGUGUUGGUCAACACCUGGUACGGAGAACUUCCAAAUAAGGGCUCUUAUACCGUCGUCUUUACUGAUAUCGGUUGCAUUCCUCUGACCUUCACUGGCUAUACUCCAGAAUCUGGAUGGACCACCGUCAGCACCUUCAAUUGGGUACUUGGCACCAAUAAUCCAAUGGAUUACCUUGUCCCUGCUGUGUGUCUCAAUUCUAAAUUGGAGGAAACCCAGAAGCCACAUAACUUCUUCAAUGCCAUUGAGUCUCUGGCCAUGAAGACAAGGAGCUUGGAGUAGACAUCGAGAGUCUUUCGAAAGAUACUCAUAGAUUGUUUUCCUGUGUAGAUAGCGUGCAGUCGUUACUGUAUGCGAACAUAUAUCCACCAAUAAAAAAUUCAGUCAUAUGUGGCAGUCACGGCAUUACUCUCUCUAGCAAUGUUAAAGGCAGAGAGCAGAAAACCAUGAGAGUAAACAGAACCUUCGGAUAACAACUUUCUAUUGGCGCAUUUGUUGUUUAACUCUGUGUUUUCCCUUAAAUAAAGGAAUUUAAAUUCACAAAAUAUUAUG